AUGUUUUCUUGGCUUUUACCAUCGGUUUUUAUGCAAAAUGGUUCUUCCAAUGAAAGAAAACCACAACAAAUUCGAAUUCUUGAUAUUCUAAAAUUGGAUGAUCUCUAUGCAUUAUCACAUCCAUUUUUAACAUGUCCGGAAACAAUUGCUCAUCUUCGCCAAACAAAGGUCAUGUUUUUAAUGCGUGGACUGCCUGGAUCUGGUAAAUCAACCAUAGUUAAACAUCUUACAAAACUCUAUUCGAAAUCGGUUGUUGUGUGUUCGGCUGAUAACUAUUUUAUUGAUAGUGAAGGAAAUUAUAAUUUCAAUAUAAAUAGAAUUGGUGAAGCACAUCGUGUAUGUCAACAGCGAACUGAAGAGGCUUGCAAAAAUAAUGUUCUUGCUGUAAUUGUUGAUAAUACAAACAUUCGAACGGAUGAGUGUAAGCAUUACUUUCAAAAAGCAUCGAAUUAUGGUUAUGUUGUUAUUAUUGUUGAACCACGAACCGAUUGGAAACGAGAUGCAAAUACAUUAAUGAAUCGAAAUGUACAUCAAGUUCCAAUUGAAGUCAUCGAAGGACGUUUACGUCAAUAUAAUCCACUUAUUCCAUUUUAUUUUGGUCUAUUUCUUAAUCAAGAACAAUCAAAUUAUAUUAUUCAAGAAGCUUAUGAUUAUUAUCAACAAGCAUUACAAACAUUUUAUCAAUUAAAAAAAGAUCUCGAAUAUGUUAGUCGUGAUAAAAACAUAUCAGUUCAUAAUUUAUUAAAUCGUGCUAAUAUGAAUGUGCAAACGAAAAUUCUUCAUUGUACAAUGAAAUAUAUCGGCAAAAUAACAGAUCAAAGUCGAAAAGAUUAUACAAACUAUGCUGCAAAUCGUUUAAUCUCACAUACACUUGGUAAGAUGUGUCGAGCUUACGUUGUUGGAUUUGUUAUUACACCACGUACUUUAGGCGCACGUCUUCUUUUUCCCGAUCGUCAUACAUGGGCACUUUGGGAUCAAGAUGAUAAUGAAAUACCCAAAAAAGAAUCACCACCUCAAGUUGAUACUAGGGAUAAUAAAAAAACGCGUCCGUAUCGUCGGAAUAAUAAUAAUAGAUCAAGAGUAACAACAACAACAGAUAAUUUAACUGUAAAUGAUGAUUCUAAUUCAACGAUGGUUAGAUCAGUCGCUGGUGAAGAUGUACUAUUAGUGGAUAAUGUAUCCAGAUCGAAUACAACGGAACAAGUGUCAUUUCUUCAUCCAACAUUUGGUUAUCUUUCACGUGCUCAUUUAACAUGUGGUGUUGCACCAGGUUCAAGUGCAGCACAAACCGGUCAAGAUAUUAUAGAAAUGAUUCAAAAAGAAAGUGAUACUAUUCAACGAAAUAUUCCCAUACCGGAAAGUAAUGACGAACGAACAGUUAUGAAAUAUUUUGGUAACGGACAAUGUAUUGUCUAUCUAAAAGAACCAAUGCCCGUUGAAACUAUUUUCAGUGGAUGUUUUCAUUAA